AUGGCCAGUUAUUUUCAUUAUGAAGAUGAUUCUGAUUCUCCAACUGAGGAAGAGGAAGAUGGUUACUCGCUGGCAGAAAUCCGGGCAGACCAAUUUGAAAUAGACUUCGAGGAAACCUUGGCCUUGUUCGAUGCCCUCCUCAUCAAUGAUGAUUCCUUCAGUGAUUCCUUUUCGUUGUUUUCGUCAUCCCCUCCGCUUACCUAUUCUACUGCAAAGCCAAGAAGCAGCCACACGAGUUCGGAUGACAAGCCACUGAAGUUUAAAUCUCAUAAUCUCUCAUAUAAGGCUGCUUUGAAUGACUUCAUUGAGGAUAGGCCCAAAUCAUUUCUACACGAUGAGGUAAGCGAGUUUAACAAAGUCUUAACAGAGCUAGCCACUAACUCUCCAAAGUAUCAAACUCUAUCAUCAACAGCAUCUUAUCAUAUCCUAGCUGAGAACGAUAAAUUUGUCCACAAUCAUUCCCACAUGGGUAACAGAAAAUCUAGAGAUUUAAACUCAUCAGAUUACAUAUCAUUGGCCCCAUUUGAAAAUGUUACGACUAAAAAUGAUCAUAAAAAUGAAAAUUAUUUUAACUUAUUAAGGAAGCAUAAUGUAUCUAGCAACAGCAAACACAUUAAAAGUGGCAACAUCAACAACAACAGCACCAACAACAACAACCAAGUAAUUCAUCAAAGUAUCAACUGUUCUGAAAAUGAUGACGACUGCAGCUCAUGUUCUAAUAGUAUGUCAGGCUUCAAUAAAAAAGAGAGUGGUCACUUCCGUGGCAUACCCGUAAGAAGUCAAUCCCUCGAUAUACUUGGCCACAUUUGCCCUAAAUGUCUGAACGCCAAGAGGAGUUCUUGUAGGGAAAUAUUGAAGUCGGGAUAUUUUGAAUCCAUCAGUUCGAUGCAGUUUCUUAAUGACGUCAACGAUUUCGACAGCAACAACUGUUACAGUAGUAACAAUAAUAAUUGUUGUAAUGAUAAUAGUGGUAAUAAUAAUAAUAACUAUAAUAAUGUGACAAAUAGAUGUCUACGAUGUGAACCUAUUAACAGCAAUGCUAAUUUUAAAAAAUAUCUGAAGAAAUGCACACAGUAUGACGAUGAAGAUGAUGAUGGCGGGAUUUGUACAGGCGCUAUUGCAGCUGCUGCAGAUGAUGCUGUCCGUGGUGAUGGUGGUGAUCGUCUUGAUGGUGAUUAUGACUGUGGCACUCUUAAAAAGAAUGAUGAUGAUGGUGUUGGUGGUGGAAAAAACAAGGAUGGUUCCGAUUCUGCCUACCAGACAGGUGACAGUGAAACGAUGACGUCAUCAAUGACGUCAUUAGUAGCAAGGAUGGAUAAAAAUAAGAAUAAUAUGGCUGGUCUGAAUUAUAGUUCACUGGCAUCUUCAAUUAGCAGAUUAGAUCUGGAGCAGAAAUUGAGAGUCUUCAACUGUAACAAACUUGGGCUUCAGAUGGAAUUGUCAGAAUUAGAUCCCUCAUCUUUCAUUGGCUCCAUCAUAAUCAAUUUGAACCUCACCCAGCCAAUCAACAUGAAGCUUAUGACGACAUCCACAGUCGACAGAUGCGAUAACUUCAGUGACAAUAAUGUUAAUAAUACCAUAAAAAAUACUUCAACGAAAAAUAAGAGCCCCAACGAUCAGGCUGGUUCGAAAUUUCGCUCCCUACCUCACAAAUUCGAUAGUGAAAGUAGCAUCUGUUCUUUCCAUUUACCUGUCGGGAUUUCCAAAGUCGUUCACAUCACCAGUGAGUCUACAGUGCCCAUAGUAAUACAGUCGCUUUUGAACAAGUUCAACAUCAUUGAUGAUGCAAAAAAAUUUGCAUUGUUUCAAAAAACCCACGACAGUUGCCAGCAUGAUGGCAGUGACAGUGGUGGCUACAAUUCAUAUCCAUCGACAGCACAGACGCCCACAACGACGACGACAUCGACGACAACCGCAACUUGCCACAUGAGAAAGUUACUCGAUCAUGAGCUGCCAUUGGAGAUCUGCUUGAAAUGGGUGCUGGAUGGUGGUUUGGACGCCCUACACAGGUCUCAAUUCGUCCUCCAGGAAUAUUCCACAGGGGAGAUUAUUUGGAAUGCAUUCUCGCUGCCUGAACUGAACAACUUUCUGGCGAUACUGAAUAGAGAAGAAGAGAACAAGAUCGAGUCAAUCUGCUGUUACAAAAGAUUUCUUUUCUUCAAAUUGACAUCUAGUUGA